AUGGAUGCUGACGCGCACGUUGGAUCCUCGACGGCGUCGCCGAUUGUUGCCUCGGACGACUUCACCGAGUCUGCGGCCUGGACGGCCGAGACCGAGAUCUCAGCAAACGAGGUGGUGGAAAAGGAGAACCUCGUUCGAGAGAUCAUGGCACGACAGGACGGGUUGCGCGCCCUGCUCAGCCGCGUGAGCUCGGUCAAAGAAGACUGCAAGAAGGCCGAGGCAGACAACGAGAUGCUGCAGACCUACAUCGACUCGGUCACAAAGAGUCUUGCUGCGAAAGAGAGGGGCUAG